GAUCCUUUUUCCAGCAUCCACAGCAACCCAAUGUGUUGAGACCGAGCGGCCGCUCUGCAGCGUGGGGACGUCGCUGCCGCCAUGAAGCGUUUGCUGCUGUGGGCCAGCUUGGGCGCCCUGCUGAGCUACUGGGCAGGCCUGGUCUUGCCAGCUCCACCCCCCUGCAGUGACCCCGCGGUUCGGACCUUGGCGGGACGCUUUGAGUCGGCGCUGGGCUCAUUGACGCUGAGCUGUAGAGGGCAGAUGUUGCGAGAUCGAGAUACCUUCUUCUGGUCUUUGUUCACGGACCACUUCGGAAGCAAUCCCAAUACGCCCUACAUGUGGUUGGCCUUGCCGGCUUUCGGCCUCUUCCUGCCCAGCCCCAUGUGGCACAUGAAACGCCAGGAUGCGGUCGUGCUCAUCGCGCGGCGGCCACCCAGCGUGGAGUACUUUUCCUUCACCAGCUUUGCGCUGUGGGUGCCUCGCAGGGGGCUUCAAUUCAGCAGCUUGGGGGACAGCGUGAACAACCUGAACCUCCAGCAGACGGAGGAGGGGCUCUUCGCCCAUGUCUUGACUGCCAGUCAAACGACCUACAACCUCGUGGAGGAGGCUCUAGUGAAGAGUGGCUUGCCGAAGACUGCGAUCAACUUGUUGAAGAUGCCUUCGGAUGUGGGCAAUCUCUUUGAUGACUGGACACAUUUCGAGACUGUCCUCAGACUUUUUCGCUUUGAGAACCAGACGGAGGGCGAUGCUUACCUCCAUUCCCAUUACCCGGUCUACUAUUUAAGGGCGCCGGAGGUGGGUGAGCUCUUCGCCAGCAACGUCUACAAAGAUCGGAAGCACCCGGACAGCCCACACGAACGUGGCCUCCAGGGUGACUUCAAGCGGCACAAUCAGCAGCUGCUGAAGGAUGUGGGCGAAGCCUUGGACCGUGAGCUGAGCGAGCUGAGCGCCGUGAGCUUCGCUCCGCUGAUGAUCCAGGGCUUGGAAUGUUUGAGACAUGAUACUCAGUGCCUAGGUGAUUGUCCGGAUGCCGCCUAUUAUGGGCCCUUCAUCCGGGAGGAGAGCGAUGUCAUUGACAUGCUGACUCUCUCGGAAGAUGAAGUCCAUUUGGUCUCGGUGGUGAACCACCGGCGGUCGAAUGUCUCGGUCUAUGGCAGCUUGGCGGUGCUGAAGAGCAGCAAGCCAACCCUCAGCAAGACCCGCAUGAACAUCCGCGCGACCAGCCUGGGUGUCACCAGCUUCGACUUCCGACCAGAGGAGCCCUUCGUGUCCUGGGCCUUCGCGCGGCGCCCGGAGCUGUGUGAAGAACUCUUCACCACCGAGAAGACCACGGUUCUGCACGGCUGCUCGGUGGUGCAGGAGGAUCAGGUGCAUCCAGAGAGCUUCCUCACCUACUGUGAACGGAUCUACCUGAACCCGGUCACUGGCACAGGCCCUCAUUGGGACGACUUACUGCCAGCGCAGCUGUACCAGGUGAAGCUCUCCUCCUUGGACCGCGGCGCAUCGCCACGGCGCAGCCCACCGGGCAUUCGAGGGCUCCCUGCCGCGAGUCCAGUGGCAACCUUCAAUGGGUCGAUGCCGAUGCACUUCACACACAUUGUGAAGACGGGUGGUGAAUCCCUGGAGCUUCACCUCGCCACCCAGCCCUCCCCGCUGCUGCGCUACAGCGCCUGCCGCGCUGCGGCCGCGGCGGCGGAGGCGCCAACGGCACCGGCGGCUCCGUUCGGGUGCCGGGCGGCCGCGCGGACGGUGAGCGCAGCGCUGUGUGGUUUAAACUGCGAGUGCUGUGCCAAAGAUGUCUUGAGGAGCUCGACCGGUUUCCAUGGCACGGUGCUGCGCUCACCCCGCGCGCACGCCUUGUCGAUCUUCUCCCAGUGCCACGUGGCACAUCAGAACUCGUGGCGACGCAUCGUGGAGGAUGUGCCCCAGUAUUUGGCAGAGGGCAUCCUGCGUGGCACGGAGUAUGCCUGUGGCAGCUACUGCACCAGCUUCCAGCCGGACUGGGAGGCUGAUCUGAAGGGAAUGCUGGCAAAGCAGGAUGUGGAUGUGCAGGUGAUUCCCUUCCUGCACAACAUGCAGUCUCACGUGCUCACCUGCAGCAACUCCGCUGGCUCCUUGGGGCAGCAUUUUCGUCACCGCCAGGAGCCCUUGGAGCCCUCCUUGGAGGAAGCCAACCGAACGCUUCACGAGUUCGACUGGGUCGGCUUGACGGACCUCUACGAGCAUUCCAUGUGCUUACUCCACUACCAGGCCAAUGGAUCUCUUCCGGCGGCCUGCGACUGCGACGCGCCUCGUUUCCUGCGCUUGCCGCGCUUCACUCACGGCGUAGUGCGCCGCGGCGCGGACCAGCUGCCGCAGGAGGUUUUAGACCAAAUUGAUGCUUACACUGCUGUGGAUGCGCAGCUCUUCGCUUCGGCAGUGCGGCUGCUCUUGGGCCGCUUGCGACACCUGGAGCAAAUCACUCAGCGGCCGCUGCUCAAGUGCCUCCCCUGGCGCAGGCUUUGGCAGAGCACUCGCUAUGUGCCUGGCCUUUGGCAUGGGCCCUACGAGCUCUCGAGCUAAAAGGUGGCAGCGCUUCUAGCUGCCAAGGAAGGUUUUGGAAUCAC